CUAACCUAAGUACGUAUGCAGUAUUAUUAUUUUGAUAACCGCCUGACAGAUUAAUUUUGUUAUUUAGUUUGCUAAUUUUGCAAAGUUAUUCGGCCUUUGUUGCUUAUCAUCUUUCUGUCUCGAACAUAAUCCGCGCCGUUCGGCUGAUUUCUACUAGUGUUUUGAUAGUGCAAACCGCAUUUAAAACAAUAAAAAUGAACUGGAUUCCAAAAGAGCAGAAAACCAACAAGCAGCCGACGGAAAAGCAGAUUGUACAGGAUUAUUUUCGCCGACAUCGGCCCCGUGUUUUGCCCGCCGCCAGCCCGACUUCUCCGAUCCCUUCCGCAUCCGCUUGGGAAGAGCGGCCCGGUUCGGCCACUGAACGCGCAGUGUCCCGUGCCUCCGACGAUCGCCACCGUGUUCUGCCCGAUCCCUUCAGUCCACGCAGCAGUCGUCGCAGUCUGUCGGAAGAUCCGGAAACACUGUCGCAUGCUCUGGGCAGAAUGAACGUGAAGCGGCUGGCGGAAACGGUCAAACUGCCGCAGAAGCACAUCAGCACGGAUCUGGUGCAUUUGGAACUGAUCAAGCGCAUCUUCGUCUACCAACCACGACCGCCGACGCCGCCACCGGCGCUGCCGCCGGCUUCACCGUUGUUCUCGCGUCUGGAUCGGUCGGAGAGCGGCGUACCUCUGGAAGAACUGGACACGGUGGAGUAUUCGGAUAAUGAUGAGGAGAUGCAUGUGAAAUUUAAUUUCUGA